AUGAAUUAUUCUCUACUUUCUGUAUCAGAAAAGCUUAUAUCUUUUAAACACACCCCCUACCUGACUCAUCUGAACCUGCAGGGGUGUAGGAUCCACUCGGUAAGAGAGGGAGCGUUUCUGGGACUUUCCCGUUUGGUGCAGCUUGACCUCACCCACAGCAACAUUGACAUCCUCUACCAGGAAUCAUUUGAUGGAUUAUCAUCAUUGAAGCAGUUAUAUUUGGAUCGAAACCGAAGGGAGAUCCACCCUGGAGCGUUUGCUUCAUUGAGCUCUUUAAACCUGCUCUCUUUCACUCACAAUCAACUUGUCUACCUCCCUAACAUGGUGUUUCAGGGGAUGUUGAAUAUCCAGAUGUUACGUUUGAGUCAUAACUCUUUAAAUAAUUUGGCAAGUGAAACGUUUGCUGGCCUUCUCACACUUACAAAUUUGAACCUGGAUCAUAAUGAGCUUCAGUUCUUUCCUACAAAAACUAUGACCAGAAACCCCAUCAGAUGCACUUGUUUACUGCAGGGCCUGAAGACAUGGACACAGAAGUCUGGGAUAAAGCUUUAUGGUGCCUGUUCUUGGCCGCCAUGUCUCUCAGAAGAACCUUUAGAGAAUGUGCAGGAACAGGACCUCCGCUGCAGACAACAAGAUGAGUUGAUGCCGGAUGAUACAGAGAAGGAAGGAGAGGCGAAAACCGAGGAUGAAAAGAUUACACCAAAAUCCAACUCGAAGAAAAAUAACACAUGUCCAAAGAAUUGUUACUGUGAGGUUGAUGCUCGACACGCCACCUGUGAGGAACGUGGUCACACAAAAGUGCCCACUGGUUUCCCUGGCACCAGUCUCCUUUCGAACAUGCGUGGCAACCACUUCCAUUAUCUCCCUGGCAACAGUUUCCCUAACGUCCCCAAGGUGAUGUCCCUCCACUUGGACGGCUGUAAGAUCCAUGAAAUCGAGGGUGGAGCUUUCCAGGGCGUGAAAGGGCUGAUGUACCUCUACUUGUCAGACAACCAGCUUGCUUCCUUGGACACAAAUGUCUUCGCAGUUUCCCACAACAUCAUGUAUCUUCACCUAGAAGGCAACAGACUUUCUCAGUUUCCAUCUUCAGUGAUGCUGGCCCACAUUCCCAAACUCCUCGAGCUGCAUCUUGAAAGAAACCUGAUAGUUAAACUAUAACCUGUAGGACUUCUUAAUCCAAUCCCGCAAUUGACCGGCCUCUAUCUCGCCAAUAACACCAUCACAAACAUAGUUCCUAGAGCACUGGACUCAGUUCCCAAUCCACAUGUUCUCCAUCUUGGAGAUAAUAAGCUGACAGAAGAGCCUAGUGAUGCGCUAGGCAAGGCACCACUGUUGACCGAAGUCCAUUUAUCAGGGAAUCUGAUUCGUUGGAUUGGUCCGAGAGCGUUUUGGGGUGUAGCUAAAGGUCUAAAACACUUGUAUAUUGAUAGAAUGGGUCUUCAAAAGGUAGAGGAUAAUAUUUUAUUUCAAGGUCUGGCAUGGUUUGGUCCUGGCCUGGUGUCUUUAUCUCUGGAAGAGAAUCAGUUAGAAGAGUUCCCUUACCUUUCAUCACUUACUGGCCUACAGCACCUCACCCUGGGCAACAUCCUUUAAUUUGUGCCAAUUACUGCCAUUUUACAGGUAAAACACACAAAAUCCAAUCAUCUAAAUAUCCAUCCAUCCAUCUCAAUGUCCCAACUCUGUUUCUUUCAGGGGGUUGUCGAAUGCAAGUCUGAAGGUUGAAGCUGUGUGUGGUUACCCUUCUGAGCUUCGGGGUCAGUCCGUGAUCAAAGCUGAUGUUUUUAAAACUGCUCUGGGGAAAACAAUCAUUCAUUCAAUGAAACAUCCAUAAGGACCAAUGAAGAUAAACCCAACGAACCCUUGCAUAACCUAGCCAAAGCCAGACCAGCAGAAACUGAUCCUAAACCAGCAGAGAUGACCAAGAUGACAGCAGGACUAUUACAAAACAGUGGACUCAAACCAGAUAACAAGGUGAAAACAAGAAGGUUAAAAAGGAAAAACAGAAGAAAGAAGACAAUGAUAUGAGCCAGAGUUUUGUACUUCAGUAUGGUGAAUCAUCUACA